UCAAUCUCACCACAACCCCGCUGUAGGGUUUCUCUUAAUCCAUGAUGCCCCAACUUCCGCCUCCUUUCUCUCUCACCCUAUUAAAUUCUCUUUAAAACCUUUCCAUAACAUUUUUUUUUUUUUCUGUUUUGUGAGUGCUUUUGUUUAACUAUUUUAUGGUUCGGCAGCUAUAAAGAACUUGAAAUAUGCUCAUUUAACUCUAUUAUUCCAAUAUACCCUUUAGUUUUUUUGGUUCUGAAUUUUUGGUUUCAUGGCGCUGGAAUCUUCUAUUUUCAAUGCGACAAGUUUCAUUUCCGGCACGAAAUCAUCGUGUUUGCUGUCUUACUUUGAUCGGCACAUGAGAUUUCCGGUAAAGAUCUUGGAGAAAAAUAAUCGGUACCCAUCUCGGUUAUCUUUGAAUUGCAUUGGUCCGUGUGGUUUUAGUAGCUGUUUUAGUGCUAGAUAUAAGGAAAACGACUUGUUUUUACGCAGAGAUGGUUUGGAAUUUUUGGGUGAAGAUAGUGAGAGUUUGUGUGGUAAAGGUGUGAAUUUAGACUUUUUUACAGAGUUGGUGAAGCGCCGGAUUGUUUUGGUGGCAAUGAUUUGUGCGGGUUUAGCGUUUGGGUGUAGGAGAGUGUUUGCAAUGGAAGGUGCGGUCAAUGCUGGUUAUGGCGUUACUGGGAAAAGCAUUUUGUUGUUGAGGAAUGCGUGGCCGAAGACGUCAGAGAUUCUUCGGGUUUUCAAAGAGCAGGGUCUGGUUUUGGCAGCGCUUUUGGGUCUAUCGGCGUUUUUCUCCAUGGCGGAGACUUCAAUUACUACGCUUUGGCCUUGGAAGGUGCGUGAGUUGGCUGAAAAGGAGCCUAAAAAUGGAGUCUUCAGAAAGCUUCACAGUGAUGUCACACGGUUCCUAACUACGAUACUAAUUGGCACAACUGUUGUCAAUAUUGGAGCAACUGCCUUAGUCACAGAAGCCGCAACAGCAAUAUUUGGCGAAGCUGGUGUUAGUGCAGCAACUGGAGUAAUGACUGUAGCCAUUUUGCUCCUCACGGAAAUCACUCCGAAAAGUAUAGCUGUUCAUAAUGCUACAGAGGUUGCUAGGUUUGUGGUCAGACCAGUGGCAUGGCUUUCAUUGGUAUUAUAUCCUGUGGGAAGAGUUGUCACAUAUUUAUCUAUGGGGAUGCUAAAAAUCCUUGGCUUAAAAGGAAGAAGCAAACCAUAUGUAACUGAAGAGGAGUUGAAAUUGAUGUUGCGAGGAGCAGAGUUGAGUGGGGCAAUUGAGGAGGAAGAACAGGAUAUGAUUGAAAAUGUAUUGGAGAUUAAAGAUACUCAUGUUAGAGAGGUGAUGACACCUCUUGUAGAUGUAGUUGCAAUUGAUGACAAUGCGACACUUUUAGAUUUUAAUAACUUGUGGGUGACUCAUCAAUAUUCAAGGGUACCUGUUUUUGAGCAGCGUAUUGAUAAUAUAGUGGGUAUUGCAUAUGCUAUGGAUCUGCUGGAUUAUGUUAAGAAGGGUGAGCAGCUAGAAACUACUACUGUCGGACAGAUGGCUCAGAAACCUGCAUACUUUGUGCCUGAUUCAAUGUUAGUCUGGAAUCUCCUUAGGGAGUUUCGCAUCAGGAAGGUUCACAUGGCUGUUGUGCUUAAUGAAUAUGGUGGAACUGUGGGAAUUGUUACCCUGGAAGAUGUGGUUGAGGAGAUUGUUGGUGAAAUCUUCGAUGAAAUUGAUUCAAAGGAAGAGAUUCAGAAGAAAACCGGCUACAUUGUAAUGCGAGCAGAGGGAAUAUUUGAUGUGGAUGCAAACACUUCUAUUGAUCAACUUUCUGAAGAUCUAAAUAUCAAGAUGCUGGAGGGUUACCAAUAUGAGACAGUGUCAGGUUUUAUAUGUGAGGCAUUUGGAUAUAUUCCACGAACGGGUGAGAGAAUAAAAGUGGUCCUUGCGAAGGCAAAUCCAGAAGAGAAUGAUGAGUCCAAAUCUGACAACCGGGAUCAGAAGGAAAAGCAUCAAAUUUUUAAGCUUGAGAUACUUGCAGGAAAUGCCAGGAAGGUCAGUGCUGUUCGAUUUGAACGAAUAAACAAUGGAUACGAAAUGCUGGAGAGUAAAGAGAUGACUCGCUUGUUUCCCAAAAUCAUAAAGAAGAAAUGGAGUGGUGAUGAGGACUCUGAUAGCACAGAAUAUGGUGAGGACUCAUUCCCAAGGAGGCCGGAGGAUGACCUCUCAAAUGAACACGAAGAAGAACAUGAUAAUCAAAGUAGACACUAGUUACAUCGAUGUUUAUAUGUCCCAUUCUUAUAGAACAAUCGGGUAAAAGAUUAGAGAACAAACUAACAAAAACUAGAUUUUGUGAUGAGCAAACAUUUUGAGAUUUUUUUUUUAAUACAUGGUGGAGGAGGGAUUCAAUCCUUGGUUCUCUUAGUGAGAAACCAAGGAACAUUUUGAGAUUUUCACAGAUGAAGAGAUGUGUCAACAUCUGAAUCAUCAAAAUUAUUCGUUUCGUCCA